GUUGAGUUUUGACGAAGGACAACAGUGGAAGAAGUACAGCUUCACCAACACGCCUCUGUUUGUGGACGGGGUGCUGGGCGAGCCUGGGGAGGAGACUCUCAUCAUGACGAUAUUUGGCCAUGUCAGUCAUCGCUCAGAGUGGCAGCUGGUGAAGAUCGACUUCAGGUCCAUCUUCAACAGGAGGUGUAAAGAGGAGGACUAUCAGACAUGGCACCUUCACAACCAGGGCAAGUCCUGCCUCAUGGGAGUGAAAAGGAUCUACAGGAAGUUGAAGCCCUCGUCUAGGUGUGUUAUGGGAAAGACGUAUUCUGUUUCCAUGACGUCUGGCUCCUGUGACUGUACUGAGGCUGACUUUGAAUGUGAUUAUGGCUAUGAGAGACGGACCGACGGCAAGUGCACCCCCGCCUUUUGGUUCCAUCCAUCAUCCAUGUCCAGGAGUUGUACCACAGGGAUGACGUUCCUGAACAGCACCGGCUACAGGAAAGUUGUCUCCAAUAACUGCACGUCUGGAGUCAGUGUGGAGUACACCUCCCGCAGGCAGCAGUGUCCCAUCCAGGCCCCCAAAGGUCUCCACCUGGUCACCAGUGAGGGCACGCUGUCAGCCACUCUGGGCACCAAUGUCACCUUCCUGGUUUUUCUGGAGGAGGGCGACGGGGCGAGGACAAGCAUUACCCUGGACUUCGGAGACGGCCACGCUCUGACCUACUCCAACGUGAGCUCUAUUGAGGAAGGGAUCAAAUACGUCUACAAAGCUGUGGGAAUAUACCGAGUGACGGCCACAGGGGAGAACAUCCUUGGCUCAGAGACAGUCAUGCUCUAUCUGCAUGUAACAUGUCAGCUGGAGCAUAUCCAUCUCUCAGCUCCCUUUGUGGCGGUAAAGAAUAAGGAAGUGAACCUGACUGCUGUUCUGCUGCCCAGCCAAGUGGGAACAGUCACCUACAUCUGGUGGAUCGGAAAUAACACAGAGCAACCGGUAAUCACCCUGGAGGGAAGUGUGGCUUGCACGUUCUCCCGGGAAGGCAUCAAUGCAGUCACUGUGCAGGUGUCCGCAGGGAAUAUUAUUCUGCAGGACAGAAAAGCCAUCGCAGUCCACGAAUAUUUCCGCUCUCAUCUGCUCGCCUUUUCAUCAAACCUGGACGACCACAACCCUGAUGUUGCAGAAUGGAGGCAGGACGUGAGCCGAGUCAUCAAGAAGUCUCUGAUCCAGGCCACAGGCGUGCACAAGGAUCAGAUCUUGGUCACCAUCCUCCCAGGUUUACCUACAGCUGCAGAGUUUUUCCUUCUACCCGACAAACAGCUCACUGAGGGCAAAGCGGAGAAGAGCUCUGCUCAUUUGGAUCAGCUCUCUGAGGUUUUGCUCAGCGCCUUGAAUCAAAACCUUGUCCAGUUCACGUUGCGGCCAGGAGUCCAAGUCACUGUGUACGCAUCACAUUUAUCAGCAGCGCCCCUAGUGGACACCAACGAGAACCACAGUGGCUCUGCUAUGCUAAUGCUGCUAUCAAUAGUGGUUGUGGGCUUAGCUGUAUUUGUCAUCUACAAAUUCAAGAGGAAGAUCCCAGGCCUCAACGUCUAUGCGCAGAUGCAGAACGAAAAAGAACAAGAAAUGAUGAGUCCAGCUAAUCCUACAGAGACCACGCCAAGCUCACAGCGGGACUUGGUGCAUUCUUUGGAGAUUCUGGACACAGAGUUUAACUCACGGCCCAUAGAAGUGAAAUGAUCCGGCCAAGUGGUGAACGACAGCUAAGCAAAAAUGAGUAUGAUGAAAAGUGCAGCUGCUUCAAGCUAAAACUAGAAACGCAUUGUCCUCAUAGUGUCGCAUUUUAAUAACCUGAGAAUACAAAUGGGUAACCAAUGAAAGAAUAAUCUAGAAUAAAAAGCAGUAGACGUUGCUAAGCAAUCUCCCAUUGGUGGUCAGCUGGGUUGAGAUCAGGUGCGCUGAAGGCCUUAGCAUAUAAUUUGUGUAAAUGACAUAUUUAUUACAACAUUCAGUAAACCUUUGUAGAAACAGCUGCUCUUUUGCAUACCAAUUCUAUCAUCUAUUCAGUUUGUUUCUCUCUCAUUUGUCACCCAUCUGUGUAUUAUGAUGUAUUUUCUCUCCUAACAUAAUUGUGGGGGAAACUUCUGAAGCAAUUGGAGUCAGGACUCAGAGAGACACGAGGAUAG